AUGACUAUUCAAGCGAAGAAAGUUAUUACGAUAUUUGGAGGGACUGGGAACCAGGGCAGUAGUGUGGCACGUUCCUUGCUGGCGCACAAGGAUAAUAUCUUUCACGUUCGUGUUAUCACGAGAGAUCCUCAAUCCGACAAAGCACGAGCCAUUGCAUCGCUUGGGGCAGAGAUAGUUCGGGCGGAUGGACUCAACUCAAACGAGAUGGCCAAUGCCGUGGCUGGCAGUUGGGGGAUGUUUAUUAACACCAAUUCCGACGACGAGGCGUUGAAGUCAUUAGAUGGCCCUAGUGACUAUGAUCUUGGCGUGUCGGUAAUUGAUGCCGCGGAGAAAGCAGCCGUCCAGCAUGUGGUCUAUAGCUCUGGACCAUCCAUCACAAAUGCUACAAAGGGUAGAAUGCAUAUCGAAGGAUUUGAGACCAAAUACUACGUUGAGCAAUAUGGGCGCAAGAAAGCAUUUGCCAGCUUCACUCCCAUCCUAUGCGCCUCCUUUAUGGAAUGCUUCUUCUAUGAUCCAUUUGUGGAUGCCUUCGGUGGUUUCCCUUGGAUUCCUGACCCAGAAACAGAAGAGUUGGUCUUUAGAACCCCGCCAUAUGGGGGCAAGGGGGAUAUGCCGUGGGUUAGUUGUGAGGUUGACCUAGGGGACAUCGUGCAUGGCAUCUUCUUGAACCCGUCCAAAUAUCACCAGGUGCUGGUUCAAGCAACGAGCCAACAGAUUGCAAUGCCUGACGUGGCAGCAUCAUACACACAAGCCACUGGAAUUCCUGCUCGAUACGAGGAAAUGCCAUCCUGGUCCAGUAUUAAGCUCAAUGGUACAAGGUGCCGAAUCGAAACUCGCCAGAUGUUCUGGUACAUGAAUUAUUGUGGUGGUCGGUGGUUUGCAGAGCACGAGAGCGACAUGUCGACCGCGGAAGUCUUGAAAGAAUCAGCAAUGUCGGCUCGGGGUCAGGAGGGAAGCCUCACUACAUUUCAAAGCUGGUUUAAAAAGGCACAUGUCCUCAAAACUCAGAAUAUGUGA